AUAGAUUAAUUUCCGGCAUACCUAACACAAUUCAUAAAAUACAGUAAGUUUUAAAAAAAUACAUAAACAAUUGUACACAUAAAUGUGAGUAAACAGUAUGUCUGUGUGGCUGAUGCUGAUAAAGAGUUCUCGCUGGGGUCUUACCUGUCCGAGCAAACCCGUUUUCUUACAAGUAAGAAACUCUCGCACGGAGUCCACUGAGGAUGAUAAGCGCAGUGACGACAGCCGGCCUCUCAGUCAUGCGUCGGAUUUCAGCAGGGAUAAUAUACUGUCGCUCAGUAACGCGCCGCGGCGCAGUCGGCGAGGUGUCGCUGCACAGGAAUGGCAACGACCCCUUACCCGAUACCUGCCCGUUGACAGAGAUGACUUCGAUCUACGGAGACAUGUUGAGUCCGCUGGUCACCAGGUAGAUCUGUGUGCAUACGUGUCAGUGAGCUGUACGUCGUGUCGCGGCUACUUGCACAAGCUGGGAGCGAAGUUCCACACUUGGUCCAAGAGGUGGUUCGUUUUCGACCGGGAGACGAAAACGUUCGUCUACUACUGGGACAAGACAGAGAAGAAGCCGAGAGGUGGCGCAUAUUUCCAGGUAAUCGAAGAAGUAUACCUUGACCACGGCAACACUUCUAAAUCCCCAAACCCUCAGACCACGUUCAUAGUGAAAACUAGACAGAGAAGGUAUUACCUGAUGGCUCCCUCCGGGGAGGCUGCCCGCAUAUGGAUUGAUGUCAUAUUCACCGGGGCACAGGGAUAUACUGAAUACUUAGAGUGAAGCAAUAUUCAGUAUUGGAAUUGAAUACUUAGAGUGAAAUAAUAUUGAGUAUUGGAAUACUUGUACCUGGGGUUCUCAACCUUUGUACUCUAGAGCACAUUCUUUUCAUAUUCCCAUCAUUUCUUAUCUUAUUCAUAAUUUAUUAAUAAAUAAAUAAAAGUAAUUAACGUUUAAGACAAUGUGGCGAGCAAUACUAAUCGGUCUACACGAGGUUGGGAACCUCAAACUUAGAGUGAACUAAUAUUGAGUACUGGAAUACUCAACAUCACUGAGUAAACAAAUAUUGAUUUUAAAAUAAUUAUAAUUUUUAAUAUGGAUUUUACCAUUUCUACAAUUUGAUAUAGUGUAUGGAAUAUUGGAAAUUAUUAAUCAAAUUGUAAAAUCAUUAUAAUUUGAAUACUCGAUAUUCUUGUAAUAUUGAGUAUUAUUAUAUUAAAUACCACAUGAGUAUACGUUUAUUAUAUGACAUUUGGGGAAAAUAUACUUUGGUUUAAUAAAUAAUAUUUUAUAAAUUGUAUUUGUAUGUUUAUUUUUAAUUAAUGCAAUGAGAAUGUGUUUGACAAUAUGUUAAUUCCAAAUACGUUAAAAAACCGGUUACUGUGAAAACUCUUUUGAGAUCAAAGUAUGUAAUAUUUGGUCACUUUAAUCGUUACAGCUUCACAGAUUGUAUGAUUUUGUAUGUGUUUUGUGAGAAAUGAUUCUUGUUGAUAAAAUGCAUUUACCUCCAUUUAGGAUUUCGUCCAAUGUUAAAAAUAUUGUAUUUUUUUUCUUUAGUAACAGAUGCUCGAAUAAUUUUUAAUUUUUUUAAUGUACUUAUUGAACAAUAGUCAGACUGAAAUCAUUUGCAUUUUUAGACGAAAAUUGUCUUGUGUGUUGCCAUAUAGGCAUUAUGUUAGUAAAAAUCAGUAUUUCGAGUAAUGAAUUUCAUUAUUUUUAAUGUGAUUUGUUGUAUGUGCCAAUGUACAUGUAAAGCAGCUAUUUUUAUAUAAAAAUACAAUUCGAUUUUAUUGGUGCCUUUCGAGACUGAGAUAUAUGUCUUAUGAAUGAUACAAUAUUGUCAAUUAUAUACAUAUUUGAUUUUAUGCUUAUGCACGCUUAUUUUUGUGUUACCAUGUAGCGCUUUUAGCAACUCAAUGUUGCCAUUAUCGAAUAUUCACAUGUUAUUUGUGAUUGUAUGAACUAAUUUUAAUAUGAUAGUGAUAGUUAACUGUUUCCUAACAUAUUUCCUACAUUUACAUGUAAAUAUAUAAAUAAAAUUGAAAAAAAUAUGUGAAAUCUUGAUGUAUGCUUUACAUAUAAAUGCCCAAUAUUUUCGCUACAUUUUUUAUGUAGGUGAUAAUUUUAAUUAAAAAUUAUAUAACGAAUAUGCUAUUGUAUUUUAAAUGUAAUUUUAGUACAAAAAAUCGUGAUGUUUUUGUUGCGAUUAAUUUACUACCAGUGUGGAAAUUAUUUUAUUUGCUUGCAACACUUGUUAUUGAAUAAAAUGGCUGAUACCAAUUACUUUAUAUGUAAGGUCACAUAAUUAACAGCCUGAUUAAUAAAAUAAUAUCAAAAUGAA